AUGUACGUAUAAGAGCACCCGGAACGUGUUAACUGUAUUUUUUUCCCUUCGCACAUUAGCACAAUAGUGUAAAUUCACCACCCAAAAGGAAAUUCCAUGCAAAUGGGACGCAUUCUGUUGCGGUGUGAAAAUUGAGUGCUCAUUUUAAAUGUGAAACAAAAAAACUGGAAAGUCGUGAAACAACAUUUGCCAAUAAUACUAACGGAAAGUGCACUGAAAGAAGCAGCCAGCUUUUACACAAAACAGCUCAUUCCUCGCUAGUUCAUGGAACGAAAUCGAUGUUCUGACAGAAUGUUUAGACUUCGGGCGCCAGUAUGUGUCAUCCGUUUUGCUUGCAAAAGGCAUGCGCCGUGCUCAGUUUGUUUGUUUUUACACGUUUUUAAUCUUUCAACCCAUGGAGGCAUGUUACAUCAUAUGCGCCUUUAUGCCUUUAGUUACUAACGAUCAUAUUUCUAUUUCCUCGAGCCGUUUUUCGAUUCCAAUUUCAAGAAGAAAAAAGAAAACGAAUAUGAUAAAUACCAAGUAAAUUGAUCAUUUCCGUAAUGUGUUUAUGUGUGUGUGCCGUACCGGUGUGCUCACAUGUGUACCGGUGGAGUUUGAUCGUUUCAAACUGUUUCGCCCACCAGCCUCAAGUUCAACGGCGAGAUCAGAUGAUAACCUGAUACGUCGUACGUAACAAUCGCUGCAGGUUGUAUUUGUGUGUCACAUGUCCCUUGCCACGCUGCAAUGUGGUGGACAUUCUGUACGGUGCUGUUGAUCAAGAUAAAAGCGUGAAAUAACAUACGCUCCUAUCUACUAAUCAUAAUGGGUCUGCUUUAUCACGAUGCACGAUACUGUGGCGAGUUCGCGCUAUUCAAUCACGAUCUAAUAUGUGGUGAUUUAGAGGUAAUUAAUUAUACUAAAGUAUGUAGCAGUUUUAAAUGAGCCACCAUAUUCCAUUCCUAAUGUAAGUUUGUCCUAUUUGAAAAUACUGCAUUCGUCUUAUAAGAAAAGUCGCGUUUCUGCUUGCAACGUAUUUUCGUUUGAAUGUCGUCCUUCUCGACUUUUCAACUCUGCACUCUAAACCCAUCCGGCGAGAGCUGUCAAUGCUCGCACUGCGGAGGAUUUGUUUUGGUUUUGGUUCGUUGCUGCAAGUGGGAGCGUGUGUGUAGGGCGGCUCACAGUCGAGAAGAAUCUCGGGCACGACAUCCCGCCGUUCGUGCUUCUAAUCAAUCAAACGGUCAAUAUUGGCAUACUUUGUUCUCACUAUCGGUUCGCCAAAUAAUAGUCGUUAGAUAACGCUUGCGAUUAAACGCGAACAUCAAACGCGAUCCAACAUCGUCACCGUGUCGUGAAAAUGAUUCGUUCAGUUUUGCUCCUGCGCUCCACGGGCAAGUGGUACUACGGUCGAUCCGGAUUGCGUUUGAGUUUCAACACUGUGACGGCUUGCACAACGCGAACAAUGCAUAGCAAUCCGCUGAGGCAGAGCCAGGCGUACGUCAAUGGCAGCUGGAUUGGGGCCCGGUCGGGCGCCACCUUCGACGUGCAGAACCCUGCCAACGGUGCGGUGCUGGGAGCGGUACCGGACAUGGCCCGGGAUGACGUGCAGCUGGCCAUCGAUGCAGCGUACGACGCGUUCUACGAGCCGCGAUGGCAUAACAGCACCGCCAAGGAGCGGGCCGCCCUGUUGAAGAACUGGCACGCACUGAUGGAGAAGAACCGGCAGGAGAUUGCCAGCAUCAUGACGGCCGAGUCGGGCAAACCGCUGGUGGAAUCGCUCGGGGAGGUCGCGUACGGUAACUCGUUCGUCGAAUGGUUCGCGGAGGAGGCUCGCCGCAUCUACGGCGAGAUCGUCCCAUCGCCGGUCGCCAAUCGGCAGAUUAUGAUGACGCGCAAUCCGGUCGGUGUGGCGGGCCUGAUUACGCCCUGGAACUUCCCGCACGCCAUGAUCACGCGCAAAGCGGCCGCGGCCAUUGCGGCGGGCUGUACGGUGGUUAUAAAGCCGGCCGAAGACACGCCACUGACCGCGCUGGCGUUGGCUCGGCUCGCUGAGGAGGCCGGCUUUCCGAAGGGUGUUAUCAACGUGAUAACGAGCAGCCGAACGCACGCGGCCGAAAUUGGGCAGCUGCUGUGCGGUAGCGAUAAGGUGGCGGCCAUUUCGUUUACCGGCUCGACCGAGGUCGGCAAGCUGCUGUACCGGCAGUGCGCGGACGGGGUAAAGCGCAUCGGGCUCGAGCUGGGCGGCAAUGCACCGUUCAUCGUGUUUAAGUCGGCCGACAUGGAGAAAGCACUGACCGGGGCCAUGAACUCCAAGUUCCGGAACUGCGGCCAGACGUGCAUUUCGGCGAACCGGUUCCUGAUACAGGACGAGGUGCACGAUGAGUUCGUGGCGAAGCUGAUCGAGCGCAUUCGCAAGCUGGCGAUCGGCGAUGGCAGUCGGGAUGGCGUGCAGAUUGGUCCGCUCAUCAAUCAGGCCCAGCUGAAGAAGGUGGACCAGUUCGUGCAGGAUGCGAAGGACAAGGGUGCCAAAGUGCACACGGGUGGCAAAACACUGCCCGAGCUGGGUCCGCUCUACUACGAGCCAACGGUCGUGACGGAUCUGCGCGACAACAUGCUGCUGUACAACGAGGAAGUGUUCGGUCCGGUCGUGUCGGUGGUACGGUUCAAGACGGAAGCCGAAGCACUGGCCAUCGCUAACGGUACGCGGCGCGGACUGGCCGGCUAUUUCUUCUCGAACGAUCUGAACCAGGUGUUCCGGGUGGCGCGCCAGCUCGAGACGGGCAUGAUCGGCAUCAACGAGGGACUCAUCUCGGCGACGGAGGCUGCAUUCGGCGGCAUAAAGGAGUCGGGAAUUGGACGCGAAGGCUCGCGCCACGGCAUCGAUGAAUACGUCUACAUAAAAUAUCUGUGCUAUGGCAAUCUCCAGUAAGCUGGGUGUGCUAAUAAUAAGGCAAUAGGCACGGUAGGUGCUACUAGUCAUCUGCAACGCAAUGAAUAAUUCCGCAGCAUUAUAUGCAUAACUUGCGCACACUGAAACAUGCAACUCCAUUGUACGUCUUCCAUUUGCUUGGACAAGAAAAUACCAAUGCAUUAGGCAUUAAGUUAUAACUGUAUAUGUAAACGAAACUGUUUAAUCAAUAAAUCACAUCUAAUGAAGAGUA